UAAAUAGGAGGGCAAGAAGGUUUUGAGAAUGGCUAUGAAGGGUCCAGAAGUAGAAGAUUGUUUCUUAGAUGAGUGAGUUUAAGCUAUGAGUGAGAAGUGAGAGACUCAAAUAGUAUUAGCCUUGCUUUGUUGGACAUGAUCUCCAUCAUAUUGUGCUAGCUUUUUCUUUCAACUACAAUUUGCAGGAAAAGUUGGCCAUGGCUACCGGUGCAACUGAUACUUCACAAGAAAAAGUACUUCAAUGCGAAGAUACUAUCAUUGACGUUACAGACGUCAGGGACCCUAAGUGGGCCCCCGAGUGUUGCAUCUACAAGGUCCCCAAAAGACUUAGCAAGGUAAAGGAACAACCCUACACUCCAAAGCUAAUUUCAAUAGGCCCUGUUCAUCACAACAACGGCGAAUAUAAGGACAUGCAAAUGGUAAAAGAACGUUAUUUCAAGGCGUUCUUUUCUCGGACUUGUAAAGGCCAGAAGGAGUUUGCAUGCAUCAUUGAAAAAAACAAAGAUAAGAUCUGCAACUGUUACGCACCAGAGAUUUCUCAAUGCAUCGAAAAUGAAAAUUUCGUGAAAAUGGUUCUACUGGAUUCUAUCUUUAUCAUUGAGCUCUUCAUGAGGAGUUAUAGAGAAGAAGAUGAAAAUGAUUACAUAUUAAGCAAAUCAUGGCUAAAGGAUGGCAUAAUGCAAGACUUGAUAUUACUUGAGAAUCAGCUUCCAUUUUUUAUUCUUGACAAGUUAUAUCAACAUUAUACAAGCAAUCCUACUUUUCUUGAACUUGCCUGUAAUUACUUCUUUUCUAGCAAGGAGAUACGCUUUGAGAAGGUAGUAAAACAUUUCACUGAUUUGCAGAGAAAUUUCUUCCUCCCACCUAACCAAAAACCUGGAAAUCCUAUUGUACAUCGACAUAGUGCAACAAAGCUGGAUAUGGCAGGAUUGAUAUUCCAAAAUAGGAAAGGAGAAAUGGCAGGAUUUAUAUUCCGAAAUAGGGAAGGAGAAGAAAAAAAUAGACACUUACUUCACGUAGAAAUCCAGAAAGGUAAUAAAUUGUUGGAAAUAUUUCCGUGUUUCAAUUGUUCAUGGCUCUUGCAUUGCUUACCAUGCUUGAAAAAAAUUCCUUUCCUGGAGAGUAUGCAAACUCGCUUGCUAAUCCCACACUUUGUGGUAGAUAACAAAACUGAAGACCUUUUUCGAAAUCUCAUGGCUCUUGAGCAGUGUCAUUAUCCAAAAGAAGCUUACAUAUGCAAUUAUAUCUUGCUAUUGGAUUUUCUUAUCAAUAGUAAAGAUGACGUGGAGUUGCUUGUUGAGGAGGGGAUUAUUGUUAACUCCUUAGGUAGCAAUAAAGCAGUUGCCGACAUGGUUAACAAACUUGGCCAAGAAAUUGUGGAAGAAAAAUCCUAUUACCAUGAUGUUGCUGAAGAUCUUAAUAAGUACUACCGCAACUGGUGGAAUAAAAAUAUGGAAUCCUUGAAAACUGUUUAUUUUCGGGAUAUUUUGAGAGGGACGGUAACUGUUGUUGGGGUCAUAGUCCUUUUGGUGACUGUCAUGAAUUUCCUUAGGCCUUUUGUGUUCAGGCAUAUUUAAGUUUUGUUUAUGAAAUAUUAUCAUAUAAGUUGGAAGUUUGGCAUUGCAAGUGUUGAUUUUGAAAUUGUCAAUAAAUUUUGUUUGUGUUAUUAUUUCC